AUGAGGAAUUUUGGCAAAACCGAUGAAGUUGUAGAGCUGCUCGGCCGCCUGCCCUACAUACGACCAGUUCCCCGUCAGCCAGUGGAUGCUGGAGCCAUGUUUGAAUUGAAAGACUGGGCAUCUAUUGCUGAGAGGCUGCCGCUUUCGGACGAAGAUGCUGAAAUCAUCUUAACUGAAUCACAAGGGAGCUACAGGCAAAUCCCGUCCCACGUCGUUGGACUCACCCACAUUCGCGACACCGAGAUGUUUCUUGAUACUCAUCUUGGCCUGAUCUACUUUCCUGGCGGCAGCUGCACUCCUGGCCCAACACGGAUCGCGCAGAAUGCUGAUGUGCAGUUUCCGCCAAUAGCUGACUACGCUGCCGACUACGCGGAGGAAGGCGAUGUGGAGUGGCGGGAUGCUGGAACAGGUCUGCGCUGCGCAUGGGCGAUUCCGGAUUUUUUCGAGAUGCUGAAGUUUUAUUUUCGAGAGUUGAACUACAUUCCCCUGAAUCGAAUACAAGUCGUCGAGGCUUUCGAUAGAGGCCCUGAUGAUGAAGAGGAGCAGGAAAUGGACGCGAUCCGCACUAUUUUUCUGGAGCACGGAUGGCCGGAUCUCAAUCGAUAUGAGAAUGACAAGUGCAUGGACGCAAUAAAGAGGAGAAUGGACGAAUUCGAUCAACGCUACCGCGUAUAG